AUGGAAAAUUAUAAAUUCCCUGCUUUAUCUAUAUCUAUAUAAACAGAUACUGAGUCUUCCUAAUCAAGUAAAUAAUUUAGCAGUCCUUUAAAAUCAGAGAAAACUAACUUUUUAGAUUUAGAUAAUCAAAAACAUAUUAAUGAUUCUGCUCAUUAAUCAUAAGUUGAUAUUUCUAUUUAGAAAGAUUGUUAAGAAAAUGUAGCUUAGACAUCAGAAUAAAAAUCUAAUAGCAUUUGUGGAUCAUAAUUAAAAUAAGUUAAAGCAUCUUAAAAUAAAAAGAAAUUAGUAAAAAGAUGUUAAACUACAAUUUUGAUUGGAUAAUCUAUCCAUAAACAUAAUCCUUAAAAAGCUGAAAAAUAUUUCAUUAAAAAAAACAAUUAAAUUAUAGAAACAUCAUUUGAGAAAAUAAAAUUUAAGAGAUCUAAUUUUUCAAGAGUAUUUCUUACAAAUAUAAGAUAACAUUAGAAACCAAUAUAGGUUCGUUAUUUUCGAUCUACAAUAACUAAAGUCUUAAUGAUUGAUUAAGACAUGUUGGCUGCAGAAUUUAUUGUUUUAGCAUUAACAUAAUUCCAAAAUGACGUCAAAUUAGAUCAAUCUUUGUAUGAAUUUCCAAAUUACAGUUUAGCCUAUUAAAUUGAAGGGUAGGAUGAUUAACAAGAUUUAGAUGAAUUUUAAUAUCGACGACCACUCUAAAGAUACAAAAGUUUUGGAUCUCUUGAAGAUAAGAUGAAAUCAAGAAGAGAAAGUUUAAAUGAAAUAGAUUAUGAUUAGAAACCAAUUUCAUAGGCUGAAAUUUCAUUAUUAGCAGAUGAUAUCGAUGACAAAAUUAUUUAAAUUGAUUUAGAAUCACCAAUGAGAUAUUAUAAAUCUGUUGAUAUUGUACCAAUAUUAGAUUCAAAAUAAUUAGAUAUUAGUUUGUAAAUGGUUAAAAUCUUGCAUUAAUAACUUCCAAAUCAUAUUCUUAUUCUUAUUGAAGAACCUAUAAGUUAAGGUAGAUUUCAUAUUCAAAUUCGACCAAAUUAAUUAAUUGAAGAAUUAUUUAUAGAAUUAAGCAAAAAAGUAAAUAAGAAAUACAGAAUCACUGAUUAUAAUUUAAUAUUAAAAUAUCCAUGUAUUCAUAUGAGUAAGGAACCAAUUAAUAUAAAGAUACCUAUCAGUAAGUUACCAAUACAUUAUUUAAUACUCACUUAAAAAUUUCAAAAUGAACCCAUUCGUUCAUUACGAUAAUUCACAGAUAGUUUUACACUAAAUAUCAAUAAAGAUACAAUUUUCUCAAAAAGUGCAAAUAAGUCUUAUAGAUUUUUGUAAGAUGAGGGUAAAUCCUCUGAAUAUACAGAUAAAGUUCGAAACUUAUAUUCUUAUUAAGAAUAUGAAUUAUAAAAAAUUGAUAAAUAAUAUAGAAAUAAUGUGAUUUUGGGAAUUGAUUAUUUCGAUUUGUAUUAUACUUACACAUAAGAGAGACAAAGAUCAUUCACUUUAGGAAAGUUUUGUAAAUCACUUUCAUAAAUUUUGAUCGAAGAGCCAAUUAUAUAAAAAGAUUAUAGGAGAUUGCCUUUAAAUAAAAUAUAAAAAAUAGAAUUGACAAAAGAUUAUUAACUGAUAAUAGUUUAUGAGAAAAGUCAAAAUUACAAAAAAUAGCUUCAUUUUGGAAUAGAUUUAAAUUAAGAGAAAUCAAAAAUUGAUAUUCAACAAAAAACUAUCAUAAAUGCAUAUAGUAAAUUAGAAUAUUUAGUGGAUUUAUAUAUAAAAUAUAUAUAACAAUUAUGA